AUGACUGAAGGGACAGACGCUUCAGUGGAAAGACCUGCAUCAGCCUCUGGUCCCACAGACAUGGAGGGGUCCAGUGACAAGUUCUUCUGCUGCAGGUGGGUGCGUCACAGGGUUCCACUGGCCCACAGAGAGGAACUAUACCACAUCCUGAGGAUGACAGGGCCCCUGCUGCUCUCUCGAAUCCUUCAUUACCUGCUUCCAUUUGUGGUUACAAUGUUCUGUGGGCGACUGGGAAAUGAAGUGAUGGCUGGCUAUGGAUUAGCUUCUGCUACCAUUAAUGUCACCACUGCAGCAACAGGAUUUGGUCUGGGGCUGGCAUGUGAUACUUUGGUGUCUCAGACAUUUGGUGGUAAGAACCUGCUGCGGGUGGGAGUGAUCCUUCAGCGAGGCAUCAUCAUCCUGCUGCUGUUUUGUUUGCCCUGCUGGGGUCUGCUCAUUAACUCUCAGGCCAUCCUGUUGUGUCUGGGUCAGGACCCUGAGGUGUCCAGAAUAGCUCAGCUGUAUAUUACAGCAUACCUUCCAGCAGUACCUGCAAUUUUUCUGCAUCAGCUGCAGGUGUCUUAUCUGCAGAACCAGGGUAUAAUAUUACCACAGAUGUAUACUGCUGCCAUGGCAAACAUAGCAAAUGUGGUGACAAACUAUGUAUUUCUUCACUGGCUGGGUCUGGGGGUUAGUGGAUCUGCAGCAGCCAAUACCCUGUCUCAGAUUUACAUCUGUGGUUUUCUGUUUGCUUACAUUUGGUGGAAGAAGCUCCAUGUAACAACAUGGGGAGGCUGGUCUGUAGAAUCAUUGCAGGAGUGGGGCUCCUUCAUGAAACUGGCCAUUCCCAGCACACUGAUGACAUGUUUUGGGUGGUGGGUUUAUGAGUUUGGGGGAUUUUUUGCAGGAAUGCUAAGUGAAGAUGAGCUUGCAGCCCAACAUGCUGUGAUGAUGGUGUCAUUCAUAACCUACAUGUUCCCGCUUGGUAUUCAAGCUGCAGCGUGCGCCCGAGUGGGUAAUGCUCUCGGUGCAGGAGACACUGCCAGGGCGAUCCUCACCAGCAAAGUAUCCCUCUCUCUCGCAGGUGCCUUUGGUGUUGUUGAAGGUCUUGUGCUCGGCUUCACUAAAGCAGUGAUUGGCUUCUUGUUCACCUCUGAUGAGAAGAUCAUAGGCCUUGUCUCUGACUUGAUGAGUGCUUAUUGUUUCCUUCAGCUCUUUGAUGGUCUUGUGUGUGUAUCAAUGGGCAUCUUCUUGGGCGCGGGCAAACAGAAGAUACCAGCUGUGGCUAAUUUCAUUGGAUACUACGGCAUAGGACUUUCACUCAUUGUUACUUUAAUGUUUGUUGCAAAACUGAGAAUUAUAGGUUUUUGGCUGGGACUGCUCAUUUGUGUAAUUUUACAGUCCACCUUCUACAUCAUUGUCAUCUUCAAGCUGAACUGGAAGAGUAUGACAGAGGAGGCUGUGAAACGAGCUCAGAAGAAGACACAUGUGCCAUUAUUAAACACAGCUGCCCUGUCAGACGCUGCGGGUACCAACACUGCUGGUCAAACAGCAACUAAUGGGAAUUCAGGGGAUGGCUACAUGUCUGUGAGUACCGAGCACCACAAUGGGGACACAGAGACACAGUGUGGACAUGUGGUCCAACAGGUGAAGGCUGACCGUCUCUCCAUUACCCAGCUGAUCCUCAGACGAGGCCUCACUAUGUUUGCGGCUGUUGCUCUUCUGGCUGUGGGAGCAUCUGUGCACUUCCUUGUGCCUUUGCCAGAGAUCGUGACUUCAGAGGCCAACUUUACAAUGGACUGGAUCAAUACUACAUAUACCCCUGAUCAAAUUCUCUCUACUGUGCUGGACUCCUGAGGAGUCAGGACAACCUUGAGAGCAUUGA